GGUUUCCUGCAUAUGUUCCACACCUGUACAUGUAUAUAUAUCGGCCUAUGGCCUCAUGGGAAUACAAGUUGCUUAUUCCUAACAGGCACAUAGUAAGUGAUAUACUGCAUGAAUUAUCUUUAUGCAUUAUUCUUGUGCUUGACCAAAAUUUUGUUGUGUGUUCAAACAGCGGUUACAUGUCCCCUGAAUAUGUUUUGAAAGGAGUGUUUUCUGUCAAGUCUGAUGUAUAUAGCUUUGGAGUUUUACUACUGGAGACUGUGAGUGGCUCAAAGAUUAGCUCUGUGCACCUAAAAGCAGACUUCAGCAGCAUUAUAGCCUAUGCAUGGAGCUUAUGGAAGGAUGGGAACACAAAGGAUUUUGUUGACUCGUCAAUUGUGGGGAGCUUCUCACUUAAUGAAACUUUACGGUGCAUCCAUAUCGGACUCUUAUGUGUUCAAGGCAGCCCAAAUGCGCGGCCACUCGUGUCAUCAAUCGUGUCCUUCCUGGAAAAUGGAGAUAUAUCACUUCCAACUCCAAAAGAGCCCAUGUAUUUUGCAGAAGAUAACUAUGGUACUGAUGGAGCAGCAGAAAAUACUGUGAAGUCUGCAAACAACAUGAGCAUUACAGUACUAGAAGGACGCUAGCACCUAGCAGUCUAGUUUCUGCAUAUUCAUGGGUACCUUUUACAACUGUAUACCGGAUAAGAAACUGGUAUUUGUAUUGAAGAAGAAGAAGAAGAAGAAGAAGCUUUGUUUUAAUAUAGAUAAUGUAUUUCAACUCCGAUGGCUCCCACAGCAAAAUGGGAGAGGUCGAAAUGUUCUUACUAAAGACUCUUCUCACGAAAGAAUUUUGGAUGCAUAAAAGGAGGCGAGUUAAG